AUGUGUCAGGAGAUUCCUGAGGACAUUACUUCAAUUUUGAAGAUAGUAACUAACUGCAACCUGAAAAGUGAAAUGGCCAAGUCAUUCCAAACCACCAAUCUCACUGAUGUGUGGCCAAGCCUUUUUACGCCUCCACCUUUUUGCCCAAUGUGCAAAGAUAGCACCUGUACCAACCCACAAAUGCCGAAUGGGACAAAUGGCGAAUACUUUUUAGUCACCACAUCACUUGUUCUUAAAGUGGCCAUUCAAGCGCGUGUAUGUCAUUCUUGCAGUGGAACUGUAGCAGUUGAUGCAAAUAAGAUAGGU